AAAAAAAAGUUGUCAAUGUCAUGUUAAUACUGUCACUGUCACUUCACUAAUGACAGUUGGUCGAUGCCUGAUGAGAAAGCUGCAAAGAUUUCCUGGUUUUGUUAAAUUCGUAAAAGCCUGAUGAUCACUGUUACCGUUCGUUAUGUCUAAAAGUGGCACAUUCAAAGUGUUAAUUUUAUAGUUGCAAUAAUAUGUAACUAAAAUCAGUGUUCAUUUGUGUUAGUGCACCUGAUGUGUCAGUAAACAUGUUAUCCAGAUUUCACCACAAUCACGGCUCGAACAUUAUUCUCCUUGAAGAGAACACAGUAGCUUAUCGGAAGGCUAGUUUUGCCCAUGGAUUGACUUUUAGUGAGAAGCCUCUGCUACCAGGGGAAAUAUUUUUAGUGGAGAUAGAGAAAACGGAACGCGGAUGGAGCGGGCAUAUGAGGCUGGGUCUCACGCUUCUCGAUCCACAGACAGCAGCUUUAGGAGAUAAGGGCUUACCGCAAUAUGCACUACCAGAUUUGGCGAACACGGGUAUGUCCUGGAUUUUCCCUAUUUCAAAGUCUCAGUACAAUGUACUAAUUGAACUUGUUAACCAAGAGAGGCGGCGCGAGUGCGAGCCCCGUGUAUCUGUGCUAGGCGACGGCCACAGCGUCAGAACGCCUCGCGGUUACAUAUCUAAAAUGGUUCUAAAACCACAAACUUUAUCUCAAAAUGGUACACCACAAGGCAUAUUACCUAUGGAUGCUGGCAGUCGCAUUGGUGUUAUGUUUGUCCCAUGCCCAAAGACUAGUAAAGAUGAUCCUGACUUGGCUGAGAUGCAUUUCAUUAUUAAUGGGGAAGACCAGGGGCCUUGUACUAAAGCUAUACCAUACUCAAGAGGUCCGCUACAUGCUGUGGUUGAUGUUUAUGGAACUACAAAACAAGUGAAGAUUGUCCAACUUUAUGGAGUGAAAACCCUACAGUCCGUCUGCAGAGACGCAAUACUCCAGUACAUACAGGAUGGUUCUGUGAAGUCAUUGCCCUUGCCACAAUGCAUGAAAGACUUUCUACUCUCAUAGAUGAGGCUAAAAGCUAAAAUAAGUCACAAGAAGACAAUAAGGCUGUUACUGAACAACUGAGGUAAUUUUAAUUGGCACAACACAGGAUUUAAUGAGCCCUUUGUUUACUUUGACCGUAGUGUUAGUAUAAACUCUAUAUUUUUGUAAUACCAUUUUUUGGGGCUAUUUGAAACCGCUGGGGCUUUUGGAACUAUUGAGAACUUGAGUUUAGUUUUUUUUACAGUAGUAACUUAACAGACCCACUCUCAAAUAGUCCUAGGAGUUUAAAUUGCAUUGUUUUCCUUAAAUAAAUGUUCAGUUAAGCGUGUUUAUGUUGCUGUUUGAUAAUAAAAGUUAUGUUUAAAAGGAAUAUAGGUACAGGGUAAAGUUUUUUCUUUCAUUUUCGGUGUGAAGGGCUCUUUGUUUAUUUUUUACUUUUUAAUUGGGUAUUUUUCUUGCUGAGGCUGCUGGUAGCAAUUACAUAUUCUAAUUACAAGUAGAGCUUCAAGCCUUUGGUACUUCUGCACAAACUUAGUAUUUCAUUAUCUCAUGAUAACAUAGACUUUUGCAAGCUGAAGUACAGUUUAUAAUUAAUUUAUUUUAAUAAUUAUAAGUCAGUUUUAUUCCACAAUAUAUUGUUUUACUUGGUAGCUAUACUGUUUUGGUUAUAUUCUGCCUUUACUUCAGAAACUAAUCUAGUGCAAAACCUUAUGAUAACUAUUUUCUUAUUUGAUAUUGGAUCUCCUUUGGAUAGAGUAAAUAAUUCAGCUUAUAUUCAAUGAAAGUAAAAAAGAGCAAGCAAAAAUUUAUGAGUUUGUUUUGAAGAAAUUUAAAUGCUGCAGGUUGAAAAAUGAUACAGCAUUUAUUGGGUUGGGUAAUGUUAUGCAAUAGGAGGGUCCACACAGGACCUGCCUAAUAAUACUUAUGUUAUAAAACCCUUUUAAACAUUCCACCAAUGUUCUUACAUGAUUGUAUCUAAUAAUAUUUGUUUAUUAACAUAAUUAACACCACUAAUAGAUCUUCAAAAAAAUGCAUAUCUGUAAUAACUAAUAUGUGUAAUUUUAUUAUUUACUAGAUAAUAAUGAAAAUUUUAUUGAAUUUCCUAAUUUAUGAUGUUUUUGUGAAUGAGAGUUGAUCUGAAAUUUGUAAAUAAUUAUGACUAUAUUUUAAUAUAGUUUUCAAAACUUUCCGAGGCUAAUUCCAUUUCUAAAAUACCUUAUAUCCUUUAAACAAUUUACAAGUUUUUGUAAAGUUAUGAAAUUAGCAUUUUUUUUAAAUUAUUACACGGAUAAAGUUUGCACAUCUCCUAAAAUUGCAAUGAGAAUGUGGGACCGGUAUUCAGAAGAACUAAAUUUCUAAGCUAAGUCUACAAUAAUUUAUAUUUACCACCACAUUACUAGGUCGAUCCAUAAGUUCUGCCACAAAGGCUACACUGCUAAAUGGUAGUUGUGCAGUGCUAAAAGAAGUUAUCGAUGGAGAUCCCUCAAUAUUAACAUACGUAGUUUAAAAGCUUAUUUAAUGGUGAAUUACUUACUAGUAUUACUAAUUUUACAUAAUUUACUCUCUCCAGUUUUGCAUAAUUUAAUAUAAUAUUCGGAAAAAGGCGUAAAAAACGCGCCAAAAAAUGCUCCCUAUUCCAGGUGAUUUUUAUCCCUAUUUAAAUAUUUUUACUUUUUAUCAUCCUGGAAUCUUGCAUAAUUCAAAAGCUGGGUCUUUUAUUUAAAUAUAUGUCAUAAUUCAUGUGAUGGGACUGACAAGAUUACUAUCGUUCGUUUUUUUUGGCAUUAGAAAAAAGGUAGGUAAGCGAUUUUGAGGUGUUUUUUUAUUAAAAUCACUUUCUUGUCUUUUAUGAGAAUAAAUAUCUUUAAACCGAAACCUAGACUUCGAACAUAAUAAGCGUUUUAGUAAGAAAACUGAUGUAUGGAGUGAGCACUCUAUGCUUACUUUUUUUUCUAUGCUUUUGUAAAGGAUAAUUUUCCACAAUUUAGCCGCAUGCUCGCAUCUAACCACAGGCACAAAGUAAACAAGAAGUAAAUAAAGUCACGAUUUAAAUUUUAAAUUAAUUACAUUUUGAUGAGUAUUAAACAAGCCUUAAAACCAUUUUUUUUAUUAAAAACUUUAUAUUACAUUUUAUCAGUAAUACCUUUGUAAGAGAAGUUAUGGACAGACUCAGUAUAUACGACUUCUAUCGAGCCUAAUGCGGCACACGACCACACUAUAAUAUCAAUAAAGAUUUUAAUUGAAUAACUAUGCAUUUUGACGACCGGUCUGGCCUAGUGAGUAGUGACCCUGCCUACGAAGCCGAUGGUCCUGGGUUCAAAUCCCGGUAAGGGCAUUUAUUUGGGGUUAUUCCCACUAGUUACCACCAAGUUGUUGCCAGUGGUAACUACAAGGAAUUUUUUUCCCACCUUUUGCCAGUGGUAAUAAAAAGUGGGAUUUUUUCCCCAGUAGUUACCACCAAAAUUUUGUGAGCGUUCAAUACUAAUAAAAACAGUAUAAAUAUAGAGUGCUUUAAUUAAUAAUUAAUUAAAAGACGAAUUAAUUAUAAAAUAAUUAGUAGUAGUAGUAGCAAAACACUUUAUUAUACAAAAAGAAACAUAAAACAGGAAAGAACACACAUCAUUUGUACAAAGGCGAACUUAUCCCUCUCAGGGAUCUAUUAUUAUUAAUUAGUUAUAAGUAGAUUACUGUUUCAGUAAACUGCCUUAAAUGUAAUCAGAAAUAGUCGGUUUUAGACUGAUUUGUUUGUUCGUCCGUAUAAUUGUGACGUUAUUUAUUGAAAGGGACCUUAUUGCCGUUGGCGCUUACGCUAUUAUCAGCGAUGUUCCUAUAUAAUUACAACACUGCGCUACGCAAAGCGGUGUAAGUGCCCUCGACAAAAGAAAAGAUCCAGUUUUCAUAGAUAACGUCACAAUGAAUUCAAUUUGCAAUUAAUAAGAUAAACUUCAUCCACACGUUAAUGUCUCCUAAAAGAUUUAUUUUUGCACUUACACCGGUUUAUAUUUUUGAUUACUUUUAAAGCAGUUUAUUGAAACACUAAUCGACUUAAAGUUAUUUAUUAAAGCACUUUAUAUUUAUACUGUUUUUAUUAAUUUUGAACUCUAACAACAUUUUGGUGGUAACUAUUGGGAAAAAAAAAUCCCACCUUUUACCAAUGGUAACAACUUGGUGGUAACUUGUGGGGAUACCUAACCCAUUUUGGGUGAUGAACACAGAUAUUUGUUCCCGAGUCAUGGGUGUUUUCUAUGUAUGUAUGUAAGUUUUCUAUGUAUUUAUCUAUACAAGCAAAGAUAAUUUGAAAUAGUGGUGGAUUGUCAAAGAAAAUUUUGUAGCCACAGUAAAUUUACUGCCAUCUUUUGACACAUGAUCAAAACGUUUAGAACGCCAUUUGACUUUGAUCCUUAUUCUUUUACUGAUAUGCGUUAAAUUUGUUAAAUAUCAAAAAGUGGCGCUAUCUAAUAGAUCAAAGGCCAAAGGUAUGGCAAUGGCAGUAUCGUUUCGAGCGAUGGCGCCAUAACCUUUAGGUUGUGCCCGGUAAGAUGGCGGCACUAUUUGAUAUUUAACAAAUUUAACACAUAUCAGUGAAUGAAUAAGGAUCAAAGUCAAAUGGCGUUCUAAAAGUUUUAAUCAUGUCAUGUGUCGAAAGAUGGCAGCAAAUUUACGUGGCCUUAAACUUUUCUUUGACAAUACACCUCUAUUUCAAAUUCUCUUUGGUUGAUACGACGAACGUGGACGACGACGAAUGCAGCCUUUAUCUUUUUAACUUACCUAUCUUUAUCAUUUUUAAUGUUAGUAAAACGAUAGUUACAUAAAUCACGGGUUAUCCUUGCAUUCGUGUGUACCGUGCGCCGCUGUGGUUAUCCGUCCUCACUGUGGAUUGGUUGUUUUUUUAUUGCAGAAUUAUUGAUUUGGACGAAUCCUAUCACUUCGGAAUUGACAUGACCAUUAUGAUAUACGUAACUCAUUUAUUCGUUCUUCGUUCAUAGCCAGAUAAAUAUCACUUAUUUGAUUGUUAAACAAAUGUGUAAAAUAAAUUGUAUACAUAGUACAAGCUAUGUAGUUAGUGAUAGAUAAGUAUGAUUAAAAUUCAUAUAUUAUAAUGUAUUGUUUAAAACUUGA